UACCGCAACGCCCCAUUCGCUGUGUUUACUGUACACACGACCAGCUGUCCCCAACUACACCCGCUAUACAUUUGGAUCCCUCAUAGACGUAGGUUCUAGUACUUUGCGACGGUCCCUGUUAUGAACGGCUGAACUUGCCGUCGCGAAUGUGGCUCAUCACGUGGCUAAAUGCAAUAAUCACGUGACAAUUAUUACGCGUUGGCACGUGAUUUUCGUGUCCGGCGUUUUUCCUGCGGGUGGGCAUAGAGAAGGUAUUUGCGACUCGCAAGGACUGCACGCGUUUUAUUCGCCCUUCUCAACUCCUCAAGAAACUGCGCCGACGAUGUCGAAUCCUUCCCUCGAGCCGGAAAUACUCAUUUCUCGCCUAUCCCAUCGUCCCCGCCACCUCCUCAGAGCCAUGAUCACGAUCACCAGCCCGCCACAAUCUCCAGAUUCAACGCUGGCUGACCGUGUCUGGACCAAUCGUGUCUCGUCACUUACCAGCCUCGAUCGUCUUCCGCCGGAAAUCAUGUCAACUCUCCUUGAUAUGCUCGAUAUUCAGUCGAUUUCACGUUUCGCAAGGGUUUCUUUCCGAGGCGACACGUUCGUUCAAUCGCAUCGUGCAUAUCGAGACCUGGUUGCGUUUGCUCCACAGGUGCUUUUGGCGUUGGGCAGGGUAGGCCUGAUCGAUCUUCAUUCCGUCGCUGAACUCCACACCGCUUUGCGAACGGAACGGUGCGCAACUUGCAUCGAAUACGGCGCGUUUCUAUUCCUUCCGACCUGCGAGAGAUGCUGCUGGGAAUGCCUCCGUUACAAUCCGUCAUUACGGAUGCUUUUACCUAAGGAAGCAAAGAGAUAUUUUGGUCUCUCGGAGCGGCAUCUUCAAAGGCUACGUACCUUUUACGUUAUCCCUGGCAAAUAUGGCAUAUCCGCCAACCCUGCACCGGAACACUGCAGGCUUGUUAGCGUAAAGGCAGCGAGAGCUCUUGGACUUGUGGUACAAGGAUCCGCGGAAAAACUAGCACACGCUAUGGCGAGGAGAUGCAAGUCCACAAGACUCCUUGUCAAGGGUCGGUACCUCCAGGGCGAGCCAGCGGUAUCCCAAGGUCAGGACUUGCUGCUACUGCCAAGCCAGGGCAAUAUUCCGACUGAUAACUUCUUUGGCGUGGCUUCCAUUCUGUUCUCUUCACUCUCAAAGUCAGGCAGGGUCGAGGACGGUCUGUGGUGCCGAGGCUGCGAAGUUACCCUCCGCCAAUACGACUCUCUGCGCUUACCUCGGGAUGUGCUUGCGACUGUGGUGCCUCCGAACUGUGAGCCACAGCGGGUACUGCUCGGCUUGGAAAGGCGGGCCUGGUCGAAAGAGUCAUUCUUAGAUCACAUCAAGCACUGCUACGGCGCACGGCAAUUGGUUCCUGAAUUGGCGACAGGAAAUGAUUGAAACUGGACAGUUUCAGUACGAAAAGCUAACUUAGACAGCAGCUCUAGGGACGAUGGCGAAACUCAACAUGAAACACUGACUGCAUUCCGGCCAAUAAUUAACUCCA